AUGAAUGGUGUCAUAUGCGCUCCGUUCCAUCUUGUAGAGGUGAUCGGCGCGGAAAAACGGCUGGUGGCGCAUAGACGAAAUUUGCAACACUUUUCCACCAUACCACACCCCAACCAUCAUCCGCAAACUCACCCAUCCUUUGCAACGAUGACACGCGACGAGCCGCAAGGAAUGUGGAUCAUAGGCUACGGCUCCCUCAUAUUCAAGCCGCCGCCACACACAUCUCGCAGAAUCACCGGUGUAAUCCAGGGCUACAUCCGGCGCUUUUGGCAGAGCUCGAACGACCACCGCGGCACCCGCGAGGCGCCCGGCCGCGUCGCGACGCUAAUUUCGUUGGAGCAAUUGGUUGAUGAGCGGUUCAGGUAUCAUGAUUUGCUCGCGUACGAGAUGCGUCGCGAGGAACCAUGUUUGGAUAUUGAUGAUUUGCACGAGGGGGAUUUGAAAGUUUGCGGAUGUGCUUAUUUCGUCGAGGCGCAAUAUGUCGAGGCGGUGCGCGCUUAUUUGGACUUGAGGGAGCAGAAUGGGUAUUCUUUGCAUCGCAUCAAGUUUUACUUAGAUCGAGAUCAGAAGGAGAAGGGGGCUGGGGAUGUGCCGGGCGUUGCGGAAGAUGAAGGCGGGUUGUAUAUUGAAAGUUCUGUUUACAUUGGUGGACUCGAAUUGGAGAGUUUUGUUGGGCCUGAACGGAUUGAAGAUACUGCUGACGUUAUCCGACAUAGCAUUGGACCCAGUGGGAAAAACAUCGAGUAUUUGGUCAAGUUGGUGGAAUCUGUGCGAGAGUUGGGCCAUGAGGAUCGGUAUCUUGAAGAUUUGUUGAGAAUUGUUGAACAGUAG